AUGGAAGGUAGAAGUCCACUGCCCUGUGAGAAGGGCAGAGACUCCUCCUUUCCCCGCAUCCAGGCCCCCAAUUCCAGCCUCGCCGACACUGACUGGUUUUGGGAUGAGCACAUCCAGGCGAAGAGGGCCAGAGUGGAGACCAUCGUCCGAGGCAUGGGCCUCUCCCCUCACCCUCCGGUGCCCAGCAGUGCCCGAGCCAGGGACAGCCCACGCUGCCCAGAGAAGGCCCGGGAGCAGAAGAGGAAGCAGAGCCUUCCCGUGCAGCAGAACCCCCCGAAACCAGGCCCUGCUGGGAACCAGGGCAGCAGGACGGGGGGCCCUCGCGUGAGAGAACAGCUUCAUCUGCUGCAGCAACAGCUGAGACAACUGCAAGAGCAUGUCCUGCAGGCUGCUGAGCCCAGGCUCGGGGCCCGGGGCCCCAGUGGGGCUGACAAGCGGAGGGGCCCCCAGAGUGUGAAGCAGAGGAAUGGCUACGGGUGUGGGCUGUGGGCCAGGGACAGUGACUGCCACCAGGGCUCCAGGGGGCACCUCCCUGGGGUGGACAAUCACAGAGCGGCUGAGGUUGAAUUCCAGCCGGAGGAGCCCGGGUUCCUUCCAUCUGGAACACGAGCUUUGCUGGAGAUUCUGAGGAAAGAACUGACUAGGGCCGUGUCCCAGGCUGUGGACUCAGUCUUACAAAAGGUGCUGCUGGACCCACCCGACCACCUGACUCAGCUGGGCAGAAGCAUCCAGGGGCUGGUGCCGGAGGGUGGAAGGGAGACUUUGCCCAAGGGGGGCACCUGUGAAGACCCACUUCCACCAGCCGCGGUGCCCAGGAAGGCCCAGGCGCAGGUUGGGGGCCCAUCGGGACACUUAUCGCUGGCCAAGCCUCUGGACUCUCCUAGACACCCCAUCUCUCCAAGAAUGACCUCCAAACCCUAUCAGCCUCCCCCAGCGACCUGCCCCCCAAUGGUGCCUCCCCACAUCCAGGAAAAUCAGAUUCUUAGCCAGCUCCUGGGUCAGGGGUCCAGCGGCCACUGGAGCAGCCGUCUUCCCCAGGAUCCGUCUUCCCCGAGUCACUGCUCCGCAGAGCCUGCCCUGCGACCCUGGGGAGCUGUCCAGCUGCGACCAUCGGUUGAGAGCCGGCAGCAGCCCCCGGUGCCCUUCGUGCCCACCCGCUGGGAGGCACUGCCCUUCCUGCCCUCCGUGAAGAUGGAGCAGGGUGGCCUGCGGGCUGUCCCCGACGUGCUGCCUUUUCCCUCCGUCCACAUCCAGGAAGGUCUAAAUCCCGGCCACUUGAAGAAGGCCAAGCUAAUGUUCUUCUUCACACGCUACCCCAGCUCCGGCCUCCUGAAGGCUUACUUCCCCGACGUGCAGUUCAACCGCUGCAUCACCUCCCAGAUGAUCAAGUGGUUCAGCAACUUCCGUGAGUUCUAUUACAUCCAAAUGGAGAAGUUUGCCCGGCAAGCAAUUUCAGAUGGCGUCACGGAUCCCGAAGUGUUGGUGGUUCUCCGUGGCUCAGAGCUUUUUCGGGCUCUCAAUGUGCACUACAACAAGGGAAGUGACUUUGAGGUCCCCGAUUGCUUCUUGGAGGUCGCCAGCUUGACGUUACAGGAGUUCUUCAGGGCUGUCUCCGCAGGGAAAGACUCAGAUCCUUCCUGGAAGAAACCCAUUUAUAAAGUUAUUUCGAAGCUGGACAGUGACCUCCCAGAGAUAUUCAAAUCUUCCAGCUACCCCUAGGAGCCGCGUCGAAAUUCAGGUUCCCUCAGAGUGAGGAGCAGCUGGCCGGGGUUUCCUGGGCUUGUCUUACACGGUGGUCAGGAGAGCCGGGGUCACAUAAAAAGGGCAUAAAGGUAACCCCCCGACAGGUACUAUUACCAUUUCUGGUCAUGCGCUCCCUUUCCCAGAAUCACCAUCAGUUUAACCCUAGCUGUAAAACACACCAAGUGUAAUGGUGUGUUGGUGGCACACUGUGAAAGGAACGCAACAGUUUUUGGAAUCAGAAGACCUACCGCUCCACGUCCCUGUCGCCAGCGCUGGGACCCCGGGGACGGGGACGCGCAGGCGCUCUCUGCAAAACGGUCCUGGGGCGCCCUGCGAAACGUGGCUCGCUGCCCUGCACGUGUUGGCUUUCUGCCCUCGGCUUCAGAGAAGGUCCUCCUACGUGUUGUUUGCUUGCUUGUUUUUACAAAUUGCUGGUUUUUGUGCCCUAUUCAUCAAGCUCCACCUAUUUGCUAGCCACUUUCAAGUACAUUAUCUUUAAGUGUUUUGCCUUGAACAGUAGAUAUUAUCUUCAUUAAAAAAGAAAUAACCAAAGAGAAGUGUUAGAACAGUGACAGAACUUGCCCAAGUUCGAGGCUGGGACCUUUGAGUCGGUAGGGACAGUGAGGAGUGGGGAGGAACCCGAGGGACCUGCUGCUGCUGGGUUGCACCCUGACACCUCCUGCUGCUUGUCACGACCUCAAUCAGGCCACCAUCUCCGGGAAGCCCCCAGCACUGAUGGGGCACUGGCAUUUGACAAGCCCUGCCUCGCGCUUAGGAGUGCCCCGGCAGCCCGGAUGUCCACUGUCAUUCCAGCAAGCCCAGAACACACUCCCUGCAGGGCUUGCUGUCACUGCGCGUGCAGAUUUGUCUGCUGGGAGAGUUUACUGUCUGGACAGCCCGGAUCAUAUCUAGCCGAUCUGUGCAAUGGAUGCUCUGACCUCCUACACGCAGGAGCAGCACUGGACUGUGGAAUGCAAAAGCCGGAAGGGGCCUAAGGAGACCACCUGGCCCACCCCCUUCAGUGAGGAGGGAGGACACCAAGGCCCAGGCGGGGACUUGCACAGCCCAUGCACGACCUCACAGACGAUGGAGGGCCCACCCGGGACAAACGCAGCAUCGCACACAGAAAUGGAAGUUCCCACGCUCCGUCAGGAAAUGACAGCCCACGGUUCAUCCUUCACGGAUAAAGGAAUUCGAGAAAUCAACGUUUUUCCACCUACUGACUCAACACAAAUUGUGAAUCACUCUGAGGAUAUAGGCACGACAUCUGCCAAGUCAAAUAGCUGCAUGUGUCUUUUAAGAUAGUCGGAAUCAAGUCUUGGGAGGCAUGGCCAAAGGUGUGCAGGCUGGGGUGGGGGCACGGCUCACAUCCCAUGACCCACGUCCUUGACUUUGCAGGUGGGCUGGGUCCGAUGAGGUAAAAUCCCUGAACGCUCACUACAGACGUCUCAACAUGAAAAGGUGUGAAGGACGACUUUCUUUUGCAUUUCCGCUUACUUCAGACAGCUGCGAGGACACGACAGACAUGCUCAGCCCAGAGCGGCCUUCUCAGGGCGUGCUCAGGGUAUCGUGAAGUGUCCUUGAGCAUAACCAACCGCAUCCAGGUCGCCUUUGCCCUGACUUCUUCUACAACGUUCCCUGUGCGAAAAUGAAGGUCGCCACCAGAUCUAAGUUUGAAAAGCAGGCAGGCACUGAGCGCCUGGAGUGAGGGCGGUCAGUUACCUGCGUCUGGGGACGGCAGAAGAGCCACUGUCCAGAGCGAUAUUACAUAGCUGUUUAAGACUUUUGUGGGAAACCGUUCCCAGUUCACGUGAUUGUCUGAUACGGACCAGCCAUUCUCUGUCCCAAACCUGAACUUCAUUAGUGUGCGUUGUAAAGACGGAGCCAAGCCCCCUCCAGGGCAGUGAACCUUGUCCCAGGGAAUUAGAUGAAAUGUUCAACCUCAAAUUGAAAACAUUCAUGUCCUGCAGUCUUUCCAGGAACUGUUUUCUAACCACUGAGCUAAACACAGAAGAAUGUAUAAAUAUAUAUGCUCUGCCAACAGAAGAAAUCUAUUUUAUUGUAUUUUUCUGCUUCUACCAAGUCUAUCUCCUUUUCUGCUGGGAACACAUUUGGAGCGUAAGCGGAGCUGGUUAUUGUUCAGCCGCAACAUUGCCAAGGUCUGGUCAUUCUUUCCGUUAAGGUAGAUGUGGGCACUGUUCUCUCCCACAUUGGACACGUUCAGAGUCUGGUCGAAUACUGCGUAAGUGUCUAGUACUUCGACGGUGGACGGUGGGGCCUGGACUGUGUUUCACGGUGACGGUGCUAUUGAGGAGUUAACGCCUCGUUAUUGAUUGAAGGCAGGCAGUUCAUUGACAUUCCAUGCAGGAAAAGGUUUGUUAGGAACCUUCUUUCAAACAAGGUUUCAAAUAGUACACACAAUUCCAAAUUAGAUUCAUACAGUGAAGGGGCCACAGGUAUCUCCUGGAUGUAGAAGGCAUGCCCAGCUGUUUCCUGCACAUCAGAGAAAGGGCAACGCAAAACUGGCAGAGAUGGCACAGAGCUCUUUAACAAACUCAGCCCGACCACUGUACGCAGGUCCACGGGUCCUUUUUAAAAAACUGUCUUUGUUUUCAAUGGCAGAAUAUAGAACCCUCAGGAGUAAUUUAAAGUAAGAUUUCCACAUAACAAUUUUACAUGUGUGUUUAGAAAAUACGUCUUUAAAGAAUCCUUAUAAAACUAGCUCGAGUUUUGGUAACUAGUUUUCCUGGAUGAAAUCCUGUAUGUUCUACAUCUUCAUAAUCAUUGAUUCUAGCUGUUCUCAACAGUUCUGACCCUUAGUUCUAUAAAGUAGAACACUUGGACAAUGCAUUCAUUAAAAGCAAAAUAGAAAUUUUAAAAAUCCUUUGAUGUUUUAACACAAACUCUGUUAAGCAUCUACAUAGAUUUCACAAAAAGCAAGCUCGCUUUUUCAGGACUGAGAAAACUCGACGGUGACGAAGCAGAGCAGUGGCUGGGAAAGAGACGCAGAUCACACCGGCUAAGACAGGUUACGGUUCCAUCUGGCUGACGGGUGUGCCGGGGGGAAAUGAGCUGGGACAAUAUGGCAAAUACGAUGCUUAUUAGAGUCGAAAACUGUUCUCGUCCGGAUUUAAGUAUAGACAACACCCACUGGAGUGAAUGAGCUCUGAUGACCCACCUGGCAGUGUCAAUAAUGCAGUCUGUAGCUCUGAGGUAGGGUCCCUAUACUAUAUGGAUUGAGUGCUCAGCUGUGGAAAAAGAUCACUGGUGGAAAGAGUAUUUUUUCAGGGGGAGGCAAUUCCUACAGAGCAAGAAGAAGCUCUUCCAGGCGACAUACACCGGAACAGCGUACGACCGUGUGCACAGGAGGUGAAUGCUCAUUCACGGGUGCUGGCCAGCCGGCCUCUGGAGCACGGAGAUGCCGCUGAAACGCCGAGGGCAGGGGAGGUGACGGGGACAGCGAAGGAACGCCUGCCCCAGACCUCGCCAGUCCUACACGUCCGCCCACUCCCGAGGAGCCCGCCUUCUCCUUCGCCCAGAGCCUUCUGGGGUUACUUUGCUUCUCACGACCUCACUGCUUCCCGCUCACAGACUCUUGUUUUGUCAUUUCCACAUUCUCUAGAGAAUUUGGAGAAUUCUCACCCUCCAAUGUCAUGUCUACUCUUCCCUUAGAAAAUCCUUUUUCUCCCCCUUUUUACUGAUCUGAAGCUUAGACUCCCAUCUCCUCGAACACUUCCUCUGGCCUGGAAAUGUAGCCUCAGGUGAGAACACGUCUGCUCUCACCGUUUCUCCCCUGUGCCCUUGGCUGCCUGAUUUGCUGCCUACACCCCCACCCCUGGCAACCAGUACCUUUCCUCAGUGGACUCCUGUGGUGAGGUGCAUGCGCUCUGGAGAGUGUGUUUUCACCCUGGUUCAGGCACCUUGGAUCUAUCUCUGCAAGGUACUGGCCUCAGCCUUCCCAUCUGUAAAAUGGGGACAACAGCACCUACCUCAUAGUACUGUUCUAAGGUUUAGAUAAAACAGUACAGGGGGCUUCCUCAGCACGCUCCUAACGCAGCGUGUGCUCAGUAAAUGUUAGCUGUGUUGUUACUCGGCAGUCAUGAACGGCCAGCCAAGCCAUGAAUUUGUCCUCUUUACAGAGAAAAAGAAUAAUGUAUGAGCUUAAGAAUGACACUGAUGCGUGACAUUAGAUAUAAAACCAUAUUCUGAAUUUUGUUUUUAAUUAUAGCCAGGAAGUAACACACACUGAUACCUGUGAGAUGACAGCGUAGAACUUAGCUUUAAACUGGAGUUACUGUCUUCUGAGAGGUAACACCCAGCUUUAAAAAAACGCCUCAUGCUGUCAACCCCACCCGCCCCCCUCCGUCUGCUCUUCACCCCAACCCUGUGUCGACGACGUGCUGACUUGACACCCGACGUCACUAGUGCUGCUGCUUGUUCCCUGCUUCCUAAAACGCUGACCUGCUUCCGUCCAAGCGUCUUUGCGGCGGUUCCGCUUGUCACCAGCGGCUGGUCGCCGCUCUCAUGACUGAGUGGGUGCAGUGGGGUCACACUGACACAACCCUGGUUCUCCUCGCCCAGCGUCGAAAAACUGUGUUCUGGUUACAUUUCCAUAAAGAUAGAGCUUAUUUUUUAAUUGAAGAUAAUCAGGUCUCUUUUCUGGGCCUUUUCAUUUUACAGCCGUUAACACGCAAUUAUCUCCCUCCUCUGUUCCUUUCAUGAGCGUGGGCUGGUGAUCACUCUUUUCAGAAUACUGGAGGCUUUCAGUGUUUUUCGGCUACUGUUUUUAAA